GUCAGGUCGUCAUCCACCGAGAGAACCUUCAUCUCCUCCGGGAACCUAUCCCGCACUCCAUCACUCUCCAACUUGGAGCUUCCGUAGCUACUUUCAGGCGGACGACCGAAAACGGGUCGGACUUGUCCGGAUCGGUUUAGUUUAUAGAUCGACUCCGAAACCCGUGUCCUCUCCCCGUUCACCCUCAAAACCUCGGCUGAGUCGUCCGCCGUCACCACGACCGAAACCCUAACAACAUUUUCCGCAAUGCCAAGAGAAGCUCUAGAGUUCUUUGCCAAGCUCCAAAAGCUCUCCCGCUUCCCCUCCCACUACGCCUGCAAUCGCCACCUCCACCGCCUGACCACCGGCUCCCUCGGCGACCUCGCCCUCAAGCUCCUCUGCGCUCUCGUCUCCCGUGGAUUCCGCCCCGAUAUUUCUGCCCUCAAUUCCGCCGUCUCCCUCCUCGCCAGGAACGGUGGCCCCCGGUCCGCCCAGGCCUUCGUGGACGCCGCUUUUCCCGUCCUCGGCUGCACCCCCGAUGUCGUCACCUUUAACUCCCUCGUCGACGGUUACUGUCGUGCCGAUGACUUGCUCGGUGCCUCCGUCAUCUUGAGGAGUAUGCAGUCGUGUGGGCCCCGUCCCGACGUCGUCACCUACAACACCAUGAUGAGCUCCUUAGGCAAGCACAGAAUGCCUCGGUCGGUCUUGAGCUACUUUGCAUUGAUGUCGAAGGCUCACGCCCCGACAGUGCUUACUUAUACCAUUCUCGUCACUAUGUUCCGCGAAUUGGGCGACUUAAGAAUGGGGUAUUUCGCGCUGAAUGAUAUGCAAUUCUUAGGGAUUUCUCCAAAUUUGGUAACUUUCACCUGUUUGAUCGAUGGUUGCUGUAAGAACAAUCGUUUGGAUAUGGCACUGGAGUUGUAUGAUCGUAUGACAAGUCUUUCCGUGCCACCAAAUGUUUUUACUUUCAAUGCACUUGUUGAUGCUCUCUGUAAGAAGGGGAUGCUGGAGAGAGCGACAGAGAUGUUUGAAAAGAUGCACAAGAUCGGGGUGCUGGCAAAUGUGGUGGUUUACACUUCCUUGAUAGAUGGGUACUUAAAGAAAGGAGAUUUUGACACGGCAGUGAGAUAUUUGAAUAGAAUGUAUGACAGGGGAAUCUGUCUCAAUGUGAAGGGAUAUGGGGUGGUUAUUUGGGGACUUUGCAAUAACGGUCAGUUGUAUAGAGCUUUAGAGAUGAGAAAGGAGAUGGAGGGAAGAGGCCUGAUUCCGGAUAAAUUUAUCCUUACCAAUCUGAUGGAUGCCCAUUUCAAAGCAGGGGAUGUGAAGAAGAGCUUGGACUUGCAUAAAGAAAUGCUCAUUAAUGGUUUUGAGCCUGAUGUGGUCACUACUUCGGCAGCAAUUGAUGGGCUUUGCAAGCAUGGGCUAUUGCAGGAGGCAAAUGAAUAUCUUGUGAAAGCAAAAGAAGCUAAUGAGAUUACCUAUACCGCACUUGUCGAUGGGCUGUGCAAGCAAGGGAAUAUAAAUGAUGCUGAUAAGGAUUUUAUGGAUAUGCCAAAAGCUGGUCUAGCUCUAGAUAAGUUUAGCUACACUUCAAAAAUUGCUGGCCACUGUAGAGAAGGGAAUAUAGUGGAGGCAUUGAGACUUAAAAGAUUGAUGCUUCAAAAGGGUAUUUAUCCUGAUCCUACUUUCAGCUCACUUAUAUGGGGUUUGGCAACUAAAGGGUUUAUGAUUGAGGCAAAGCAGGUUUUUGAUGAUAUGCUAAGCAGAGGGAUUGCUCCAGAUGCUGUGGUGUAUGAUAUUUUGAUCAGAGGUUACCUCAUGCAGAAUGAUAUUUCGGCUGCCUCAAAUUUGGAAGAAGAUAUGAAAAAGAGGGGUCUUAUUACUGAGGAUACACCACUAAUGAGUAGUGCAUAUUCAUCCACAUAGGUUUCUUGAGAUUCUGUAGUAUGGGAACUUCACCAAGGUUUGAUCAAUUCAUCAAAUAAGCAAUUUGUUGAUGAAAUGCAUUUUUUCUCUAUGUCCAUCUUUUAACUCUUCAAGGGCUGCCAGUCUGCUAACUUGAUCUGGCAUUUGGCAUGACCAGAUUAAAUGCAUGAUCUUUGCAGGGUAAACUUGCAAGAACUAGUUCUGCUUCUAGGAGCAAAAACUUGUCUGAUACUCUGACCAUUGCUGGCUAUCAGAUGAUCAAGGUUAGAAUGUCAUGCUACACUGCAUAGAAGAAAAGGGAUACAAAGUUAUCUUAGCAGAGAUUAUGGUUGCUGCAUCUUAAUUGUUUCUUAAACUACCUUUGUUUCUCGUUCACUAAUAGGGAUACUCUAACCAUUGUUUUACCCGUAAUUCUGUAUGAUGAAGGAGUCUGUCAAGAACGAUCCAUAAAAAAAUGAGGGCAGAAGGUUUGAGCAUUUUAGGGAAUCUUUCAUGUAAUUUAUUACACACAUGAUUUCAUGCCUUAAUCAAGAGGUUUUGAGGUUCCA